AGGAUUUCACUCCAUGAAAUGUUAGUUUCAUUCAGUCAGGCAGAGUGCUGAGAUUGAAAAAUAUUUUCUUUUACUUUGUUUUUUUAAAGACUUCCUCUUUACUAGAGAGAAGAGUGAAGUUGUAAGGCAUUACUAAUGAAAACAGGACACUGACAUGUACUAGCAGUAGAUAUCUGAAUUAUUUGACUCACAACAGACUGAGCAGUAUCUGUAGACAAUAAACAAUACUAACAACAACAAGAACAAUAAUAAUAAACACAGCAAAUCACAAUACAUAAAUCACUCUCUUUCAUAUUUGGAUAAUAGAGACAAUGACAUACAAACUGUACUUCUUCUGCGUGUGCGCAGUAUUAUUCACAAAGUGCAUGCCUGGAGUGCUUAACCUUCCAACAGAUGAUUUGACCACUGAAAACCCUGAACCAGUCACAACAAUCUUCGACACAUACACAGCAACCCAAGAAGCAUUCACAUCUAAAUUGGAAGAUGUAGAAGUAGAAGAUGAGGAUGAACAAGAUCAACCUCAAAAUAGAACACAGAUUAAUGAAGACAUAAUUUCUGCAAUGAAGCUGAGAAAAAUGCUUUUCUUGAAUAUAACACCAGUAGUAUGUGCCCUUGGAAUUCUUGGAAAUAUCAUGAACUUGAUCGUACUCUGCCAGAAACAGAUGAGAGGGUCUACCAACUGCUUCCUGAUAGCACUUGCUGUUUCUGAUAUGAUGCUUCUCGUCAUGCAGAUAGGACCACUUAUUGCAUCCUUUGAGAACUUUGUUGGCUACUCACGAAAGUAUAUAAUUGCUUCUCGUUACUUAAUGAUUAUUCGAUAUGUGACAUCAAAUUUCUUCAUUACAUGCACCAGUUGGUUGACCGUGGCAGUGACAAUUGAACGAUUCAUAGCAAUACGGUUUGCUCUUAAAGCAAAAAUUAUGUGCACUGUCUAUCGAGCCAAAGUAGCCAUUGUAACAAUUUUUAUCACAUCAUUUGUGUUCCAUUUCUCAAAAUGGUUUGAGUACGGUGUCAAUUUUGAUCACACAAAGCCGAAUCCAGUCAUUUUUAUGCCAUUAUCACACAGCAAAGCCUAUAUGAGCUUUAUGCAUUCAACAAACAUAGCAAUAGCUGUUUUCAUCCCAGAGAUUUCGCUUUCCAUUCUCAACACCUUGCUUGUAUUUUACCUCGUCAAGCAUAACGCAUCAACACAACAUAUGAAGAAGCAGACUUCACAGGAAAUUGCCCACAUCACAACUGUUGUCAUUACAAUGGUUUUGGUGUUUAUGAUGUGUCAUUCAAUUGGACUUUAUCUCGCCAUUAGCAUCUCUAUCUAUGGUAGAAGCAGUGUGCUGAGCACACCAACAGGCAUUAGCCUGAGAGCAAUAAACAAUCUCCUAGUUCUCAUCAAUUCCAGUGUCAACUUCAUUCUCUACACAGCUAUCAGCCAACGAUUCCGAAGCACCAUGAAAGGCAUCUUCCUGAGAUAUACCAAGCCUGGUUAUAAAUUACCCAGAGGUCAAGGAGGAUCUGCUUCAGCCAGCUCAUCAAAAACUAAAUCAACAUCAUCAUCUAACAGUAAACGAAGCACUAAAGAGUCAGUAGUAUAAACCAUAAAGAAGAAUUAUCAGAAAUUGGACCUAAAGUGCGAAAUAGUUUACAUAAAUAUUUGUGAAAAACAAAGUUCUGGAAGCUGAAAAUCAUUUACAUUUUUUUUCCAAAACUAUAACAACAAACUAAAACACUGAACCAGUGGUUCUCAACCAUUUUUCACUUAUGGAACCUCUUUGAUUCCUAUUUUACUAGGGUGAAUCCUCAUAACCAUUCAAUGUUUAAAAAAACAAUAUAUAUAAAUAUAUAUAUAUGAGUGUAUAUAUGUUGUGUGUGUGUGUGUGUGUGUGUGUGUGUGUGUGUGUGUGUGUGUGUGUGUGUGUGUGUGUGUGUGUGUGUGUGUGUGUGUUCUUUAGUUCUUUAAUUUGUUUUAGCCAUCACAGCUAAGGCCUGUAUGUAUAAACAUAUAUUUUACACAUGCACUCACACACACACACACACACACACACGCACACACACACACACACACACAUAUAUGAGGGGGUGAAUAUUUAUAUGCUUUAUUAUUUUAUUUGCUUCACUCAUUAAGACAGUGUCCACGCUGGGGUACCAUAUUCAAGGGUUUUGGUCAAGCAUCUCAACACCAAUACUUAUUUAUUCAACUGCUAAGAUGUAGUUUUGACAUAACUUAGACACCAGUAAACAUAAGCAUAUAUGACAAAAACAUCCAUGCACACACACACACACAAUAAGAUUCCACAUAUUUUUCUGCUACUAUGAUUGACUUAUAUGACAUGUAGUAAAACUAGAUGCAGGCAUGGCUCUGUGUAGUUAAGAAGUUUGCUUAGCAACCACAAAAUUUUGUGUUCAGUUCUACUACAUGGUGCCUUGGUUAAGUGUCUACUGUAGACCCAAAUUGACCAAUAUCUCCAGCUUAAGAGUGUAUCAUCAUCAUCAUUUAAUAUCUAUG